CUGCUCUUGCAACUCACGUUAUCAUCCUCACUUCUCUGACCACUACUCUUGCUCUCUUUUGUCUUGUUUCAUUGUUCUUACUUUCUGUAAUGAGGAACAAAAAGGGUUACCAUAUCAUUCACCGGAUUCCUAAUGAAGAACGAUUUAGCAGUUACUAUUGCUAUUACCUCUUCUGGGUUGCGGUUGGUUACUAUCUCUGGAAAAAAAUUCUCACCAUAACGGGCUACAGGUUCCACCCAACAGAUUUCGAGCUCCUCAAUUACUAUCUACUAAACAAAAAUCUCGGCCGUGAUUCUCUGGUCCAAGCUAUCGCUGAAUUGGAAGAUAUUUGUGGAUUAGAGCCUUGGCAAUUACCUGGACAUUCGAAUGUACCCUCUGGCGAUCACGUUUGGUAUUUCUUUUACCGGCCAAGUUUCAAGUACCAGAACAGUUCAAGGAUCAACAGGACAACCAACGAAGGUUUCUGGAAACCGACGGGCAAACCUCGUAGGAUAAUGGCUAUGGACCAGGAUAUCGAGAUCGGCAAGAAAAGGACGUUGGUUUUUUACAAGGGACACGUUAGUGACAAUACCAAAAUGAAGACCGGUUGGAUCAUGCAUGAAUAUGAGCUCACUGCUACUCUUCCUAACCAGACAACUUUUGUUCUCUGUAAAUUGAAGAGGAAGUUCGGGAAGGCUGAGGUUUCGUGCAUUGAUGAAGGUCAAUCAAGUCACUAUUUGCCUCCUACUUUGGGAAAUUAUAUUGCAAAUAAUGCAAAUCAGGCGGAAGCUGCUAGAUGCCUUACGGCCAACUCAAACCCUAAUGAGAUGUUAACACAGCUGGAAGCUCUUAAUGAUCAUGAGGAGCUAGAACAUCAAUAUAUAGAGUUGUGGAAUUCAUAUGUUGGUGGUGAUUUUCCUAAGCACGAUGGCUCUGGCGAUUUCGGAACCCAUGGUGCGGAAAAUGCAAUUGCAAAUCAUCACUUACUUACUGAGAUACCAAUGGGGCAAGAGGUACUUCAAGAUCAAUCAGGCACUAAUGAACAAGACAUCAGCAACUUAGGGGAGUUAGGACCUGGUGAUGAAAGAAGCAAUCAACAUAAGUUAAUCAUGGACGAUGAUGGAUGUAACAUGCCAUCUAAUUCCGAAAAUGAUGCAGCUGAAGAUUCAGUUAAAAUGGAUUUAUCAACUUUUGCUAGACCAUCAACGGAUGAAGAGGUCUUUGCAGGUUUAGAAGCACUUCCAGAAGCCCAAGGAAACAGGAUUGAGCAAAUGAUUGAUGGUUGGAUUUUAGAUGAAGGAAUACCCAAUGCUUUUGACAAUCAAUGUAGUAGUAGCAGCAUUGAAGGGCAAAAUCCAACACCUAUAACUGGUGGCUGUAAUUUGCCUUUUGCACCUGAUGCCCUAAAUCUACCUAGGAAAAGGUCACGUACUGAUUAUUGUUAUGAAGGAUUUGGCUUCGACACGUAGUCUCAAUAAGGCUUUGUUUACAAGGAACAAAAGGAAGGGUUUCAGAUAAAAUAUGGCUGUUAUUUGGAUUUGGACUAGUUUGUAAUUUAUGGCUGUAUAUGAUUAGCUUGUGUGAAUUUGGAUAUUUGUAAUCUUAGGUUUCUAUGCUGUCCUUGAUAAAUGUAAUUUGAAGUAAUUUAUGGCUGUAUAUGACGUAGCUGCUGAUGGCACUCGAGUCGAAGCUUGACUCUGUCCAGCUAAUCCGAAUGACUUAUCUUUACUGUUUACAAAUAAAAAAUUAAAGUUAAUUAGA